AGCCAGAACAGAAGUCACCAUGAACGCAUCUCGCUAUUCGUUUUCCAGCUCGUCCUUGACCUCCACGCCCAUACUGACAGGCUCCAGGCGGGGCACGAGCGUCUAUGCCGGCGCAGGUGGGAAAAAUGUCAGGAUAUCCUACCCCACCAACAGCCUUGGCGGUGGCUUUGACCUGGCAGGGGCGCUCGGGGGUGGCGGAGGUGCCGGGGGCAGCAUCGGCAUUUCAGGCAGCGAGAAAGUGACCAUGCAGAACCUCAAUGACCGCCUGGCCGCUUACCUGGAGAAGGUGCGCUCCCUGGAGUCUGCCAAUGCCAAGCUGGAGCGUCAGAUCCGGGAGUGGUAUGAGAAGCAGACCCCCGACGUCCGGGACUACAGCAAGUAUGAGGCCAUCAUCGAGGACCUGCGCAGAAAGAUCAGCGCUGCCACACAGGACAACGCCAGGCUGAUGCUGCAGAUCGACAAUGCCAGACUGGCAGCAGAGGACUUCAGAAUCAAGUUUGAGAAUGAGCUGGCCGUGCGCAUGUCAGUGGAGACGGACAUUGCUGGACUGCGCAAGGUUCUGGAUGAACUGACAAUGGCCCGCUCUGACCUGGAGAUGCAGGUGGAGGGCCUGAAGGAGGAGCUGGUCUACCUGAAGAAGAACCAUGCAGAGGAGAUGGCGGCCCUUCGUGGCCAAGUUACUGCCAGCUCUGUGAAAGUGGAGGUGGAUGCCAAGCCUCAGGCAGAUAUGUCCGAGGUCCUGGAUACGCUCAGACAGCAGUACGAGGGCAUUGCUGAGAAGAACCGCCGUGAUAUGGAGUCCUGGUACAAGGUCAAGUUUGAGGAGCUGAACAAGCAGGUGGCUUCCAGCACUGAGAGCCUCCAGACCUCCCAAACUGAGAUCAACGAUCUCAAGAGAACCCUGCAGUCCCUGCAGAUUGAGCUGCAGUCCCAGCUCAGCCUGAAAGCUGCCUUGGAGGGCCAGCUUGGAGAGACAGAGUCCCGCUACAGCCUGCAGCUGAGCCAGCUCCAGGCCAUGGUCAAUGCCCUGGAGGAGGAGCUCAAACAGGUGAGGGCUGACAUCGAGAGGCAGUCCACCGACUACCAGGUGCUGCUCGAUAUCAAGACCAGGCUGGAGAUGGAGAUCGCAGAGUACAGACGACUGCUGGAUGGAGAAGAUGUGAAUAAAUCUGUUGUCACCACCAUAGUCAAGGAAGAAGUCAAACCUAAACCAGUCAUAACCCAGAGGACGAAAGUGGUGGUUGAGGAGAUCAUUGAUGGAAGAGUGGUGUCCCGCACGGAGGAUGUGGGCACAGAGAUCAUCAAGAGCUAGACAGACUGCAUCCCAACGGAUCUGGGUCAAAUGAUAAAUUAAGUAGGGAAGAAAUUGGCUUCGAGAGGCCAAAACUAACCAGGAAAAUGUGUUGUUAUUUCACCCAGGUCUGAAAUCCAGCAACAUAUUUCUCCCCCCAGAUAUUUUCUGCAGUGUUGAUAUUUUUAUUUACAGUCAGAAUAUGUGUAAAAUAAGCAAACCAAUGUGUUAAAAUGUUGGAGCACUGGAUUAUAAACUGUGCCUUUGUUUUAUAUCACUGAAAACUGUGCAGACUGUCAUCUAACCUCCCGAAAUACCAAAUUCACUCAGUAGUAGGCAGUGUCAGCCCCCGAAAAGAAAUACACAUGUAGAAGUGAGACCAUUUCUUCUAAAUGAUAAUAAUAUCUCAUUUUGUAUUAUUUUUAUGAGGCAGAAUGAUAAUCUAAACAUAGUUGUGCAUUUUGGGUCAUGUGAAAUACUGUUGUUUAAUUAAAUGUUUGGAAUUAGACCACUGUCAGGUUGAUUUCCAGUUUCUGUGAUGUCUUUGAAUUAAACCACACUUCCCAUAAAUCUUAUGUAGAUCUGUAUGAAAGGGAUCUUUCCAUCUUUGAGUGUUUUCCUGAAGAGAAUAAACAUCUGCCCUCCA